AUGUUAGUUGAUGGAAGUACACGAAUAACGCCAACGGUUUCCAGUCCAGUAGAUUUGCUAGAGGUGACGCUGGAUGAAAAAGCGGGUAUUCCAACACUGAGUUUUACAAAGGUGGAUUCCACCCCACAUCCCACAUUCACCCAUUUCCACACCCAUACCCUACAUCCAACCCCGAAGCCCCCACACUCAUGCCCCACAUCUCACUACACGCUCGGACCACACCCCCCACCUCGACCCCACAAUCCAUCCCAACCUCAACACCCUGCAACCUCCACACUCUUACCCCACCCCACACACAAAACUACACAUCCCAUACCCACUCCUUCCCACACUAUCCCACCCCACACACCAUCUCCCCACAUAUCACCGCCGUACCCCACUCCUCAUCCACACCCCACCCACACCGUACCCCACACCCCACCGGGACUGCAACUUGAGUUAUCAUCAAGUUUGUAUGAAUUUCUGUAA